AUGGCGUCAACAAGGACGCCGUACGUCUGCCUCAAUUGCAGGCUGACAAGGCCAUUGACGCGACGCGCCUUUUCCUCCUCCACGCACCGCGCCGAAGCUCUCCGUCCUGCGACCGCGCCGAAGCCUACCCCAGACGUCAAGCACAUCCGCCAGAACGCCGAGCUGUACUCCAAAAACAGCGUCGACCGCAAUUACCCAUCCCACGUCGACUACCCAUUCCAGAUUCAGAACCUGUCUGAAGAAGCCCGCCGCCUCGACCAAGACCUCAAGACCCCUCGCUCGCGCAUCAAGCAGCUCGAAAAGGCCAUCGGCAAGCUCGCAGCUUCCGCCCGCCAGGAAGGAGGCAAUGGCGAAAACACAGAAGAGCUGACAGCUCUCCGAUCAGAGGCCCAAAAGCUCAAGGACGAAUCACAAGAGAUGACUACGCGCAAGACCGCCUGCACGGAAGAGAUCAACCGGCUCGCCCUGUCCCUCCCCAACCUAUCCUCCUCCGAAACACCGGUCGGGGACGACCCCAGACUGAUCGAAUACCUCAAUUUCGACCCCCGGUCGCCGCCCGAGUGGAUCGCCAGUCCGGACCCCAGUCGCUCCCACGUCGCGAUCGGCACAUCCCUCGGCCUCAUCGAUUUCACCAGCUCCGCUACCACCACCGGCUGGGGAUGGUACUUCCUCACCAAUGAGGGCGCUCUCCUGGAGCAAGCUCUGAUUCAGUACGCAUUGAGCGUGGCCCGGAAACGCGGCUGGAAGCCCGUGUCCCCCCCGUCGAUCGUCUAUUCCUACAUCGCCGAAGCGUGCGGGUUCCAGCCCCGCGACCAGCACAAUGAACAGCAGAUCUGGGCCAUCGAACAGAGCGACAAGGACAAGAGCAAACCGCAGCGGUCUCUGGCUGGGACCGCCGAGAUCCCCCUCGCGGCGAUGUACGCCGGCCGUGACAUCGACGCAGCGAAUCUUCCCGUCAAACUGGUCGGGCCCAGCCGAGUCCACGAGUUCACGAAGGUGGAGAUGUUCGCGUGGGCCGAUAACGCCCCCGAAGCAAGUGGAAAGGGACUCCCGACGUCCGACGACCUCUUCAACGAGCUCCUGUCCAUCCAGACCGAGAUUCUGACCUCCCUAAACCUCCCCUGCCGGGUGCUGGAAAUGCCGACCACGGACCUGGGCGCCAGUGCAAGCCGCAAGCGCGAUAUCGAGGCCCUCUUCCCCUCGCGCCUGCGGGCCGGUGCGGAUCUCGAGUCGGCAUGGGGCGAGGUCACCUCCGCUUCUAUCUGUACGGACUACCAGAGCCGUCGGUUGGGAACCCGGGUGCGCGGCGGAGCAGCGAAGGAUUCUCGGUUCCCGCAUACUGUCAAUGGCACUGCCGUGGCUGUUCCCCGGGUGUUAGCCGCCAUUCUGGAGAAUGGAUGGGAUGAGAAGCGGAAAGUUGUAGUUGUCCCGGAGGUGCUGAGGAACUGGAUGGGUGGCUUGGAG